CACAUUUUACUCCUUUAGUUCCAUCUAUAUCUAUAUAUACUAUGUAUAAUUACAAGUAUUUGUCUUUUAACGUUAAAUAAUAAACAGUACCACAUUUUAUUUUUAAGACUAAUGAAAUAAUUAUUUAUGUUAGAAUUUAAUAAUGCCAGUAGAUGAAAUCCAAUAUUCAGAAAAGUAUAACGAUGAUAGGCAUGUCAUUCUACCGGUGGACUUGGCGAAACACGUUCCUAAAUCGCAUUUAAUGACUGAAACUGAAUGGCGGAACUUGGGCGUUCAACAAAGUCCUCACUGGAUGCACUACAUGAUGCAUGGACCAGAGCCUCAUGUAUUGCUGUUCCGAAGGUUACGAACCGCUUGUGCGUAAUAACUGGGCCGCGAGUUUUAAAAUAUUGAGACAAUUUUAAUUAGUUUUUUCUUUAUCCUCUAACAGUAUUCAAAUGAUUAAUAUAAAUAAGAAAAACAUAUCGUAAUAAACAAACUUACUGUACAGGUUGAUUGUAUAGGUUUAGAAUAUACAAAAUAAAUUUGUUGAAAAAGUU